UUGUGUCACAUGAAAUAGCAGCCCUCACAUGAAAUAACCCUCUCAGUCGCAGGGAAGACCAACAAUUUUAUCGUGUAUGCUUUUAUCGCACACCAGUUAUAGCAGCCGUACCAUAUUGCCAGGACUAAACGUGGACCCAAGGAAAAGACUGUAUUACAUUUACAGCCAAUCGCACCCCAGGCUCCCUCCAAAGCCACGCCUCGUUAUUAUCACGCGGAAGUAGCUUGGAAGAAGGCACACUGGGAAGUGGCUGCCGGAAGUGGGGCAGUGCGAAAGCCUGAGAAUCGGUGGAGCCAUGGCAGAUAUUCACGGUUUAGUUGAUCGCCUGGAGAAGGCUGUUUCAAAAUUGGAGAGUCUCGCUGCAGGAUCUGGUGGGGAUGCGUCUUCUGCAGAUACAGCUGUAUAUGUUCAGGCAUAUGAUAAUCUCAUUAAUGGACCAGUGGCAGAAUUCAUGAAGAAGAGCAAAGAGAUUGGUGGGGAUGUUGAGAAGCAGGCUGACAUGUUUAUGUCAGGCAUACAACUGCAGAGAGGCAUUUUGGUGAUGGCCUCUCAGUAUCAACAGCCAGCAGAGAAAGAUCUUGUGGCUAUCCUUGCUCCCCUCUCUGGAAAAAUUCAAACUGUGCAGGAAUUUCGAGAGAAGAAUCGAGGGAGUAAAUUGUUCAAUCAUUUGUCUUCAUUAAGUGAAAGUGUCCCUGCCCUAGGUUGGGUGGCUAUGGCACCUAAACCAGGGCCCUAUGUGAAAGAUAUGAUGGAUGCUGCCAUGUUUUACACCAACAGAGUACUAAAGGAAUAUAAAGAUGUGGAUAAAAAACACGCUGACUGGGUCCGAGCAUAUUUAAAUAUUUGGACCGACAUGCAGGCUUACAUUAAAGAACAUCACACAACUGGUCUAACUUGGAAAAAGACGGGUCCCAAGGCUUCAGGUGCUGCUCCUGCUCCAGCUGCUCCACCAGCACCCAAGGCAUGCCCCCCACCUCCUCCACCUGGUGGUCCUCCACCUCCUCCUCCUCCUGCACCAGCCUCUGCUCCAGCGGAUGACAGUGUGAGCCGUUCCCAGCUUUUUGCACAACUUAAUCAGGGAGAGAAUAUCACCAAAGGUUUGAAACAUGUUUCUGACAACAUGAAGACACAUAAGAAUCCUUCUUUAAAGACUCAAGGAGGUCCAGUCCGCUCUGGUCCCAAACCCUUUACUUCUCCCAAACCCACAGGUGUCGGUGCUCCUGCAGCAAAGCCUGUUGUUAAGAAGCAACCUCCUGUGCUGGAGCUGGAGGGCAAAAAAUGGAAAGUGGAGAAUCAGGAGAAUGUUUCCAAUCUGGAGAUCUCUGACACAGAACUCAAGCAGGUUGUAUAUAUCUACAAGUGUGUGAACAGCACCUUGCAAGUCAAAGGAAAAAUCAAUUCCAUUACUGUGGACAACUGCAAGAAACUUGGGCUGGUUUUUGAAGAUGCUGUUGGCAUAGUAGAGAUCAUUAACUCAAAAGAUGUUAAAGUACAAGUGAUGGGUAAAGUGCCAACAAUAUCUAUCAAUAAGACUGAUGGCUGCCAUGUAUAUUUAAGCCAAGACAGCUUGGCCUGUGAGAUCAUCAGUGCCACAUCCUCAGAGAUGAAUAUUCUGGUUCCUACCAGUGGAGGAGAUUUUAGUGAAUUUCCAGUGCCAGAGCAGUUUAAAACUGUGUGGAAUGGUCAGAAGAUGGUGACCACAGUGACAGAGAUUGCAGGAUAAAUCUGGUUAUUUGUCUGCAGGAACAGACCACGGCCUGGACACUGUGUCCUCUAUAUUUUCCUAUGUUCUCUCUGCUGCUUAUCUCGGGGAUUAUUCCAGCUGUAGGUUAGAGGCCUGUUGCUCACAGCAUCCUGCUAUAUGACACCUAACUAGUGCCAGAAUCCCCUUGAAGAGCUGCCCUUGCUAUAUUCAUAUCUAUUUCUAUUCCUUUAUGCCCAUGCCAGUCCAUGGGGCUGCAGAAUAUAUGCUGUUCAAAUCAUUGUGGUUAGAGUUUGGAUGACCAGUAAAUGGUUAAUUGGACCAAAGUAAUAAAGGGUAUAGAGCACUUUGGUAACGGUUUUGUGUAUGUUGUUCUUAGACUGCACAAAAGAACUGGCACAGCCCAUAUUAUACUUAAUAUCUUAAAUUGUCUUUACAGCACUUCUUGGAUUUUCUGUUUCCCCCCCCCCUUAAGUCUUAAAAAAAAAAUAUGCAAACUUUUUAAUUCUAACUUAAACCUUCUCUACUGAUCCAGAAACCAAUGUUAUGCCAAUGUGUACUGAACAUGUCAUGCUAAGUGGGCUCUGACCCACCUAUUAAGGGAACAGGUGCAGCCCCUGCACAAAAUAUGGAAUAUACAAUGAGUUUACAAAUCAAGCAUUUUAUUAAAGAAUCAAUGUUAAAGGAA